AAAUCUCGGCUUCGCACGCACGACACAACUCCGCACGUGCCGAGUUUGCUGACUUGUUGGAGCCUAUAUCAUCGAGUUGUUGCUCGUCGUCUUCGUCUGGGGAAGAGGAUAAGGCGGCGGCGAAUAUGACGGAGAUGGAGGCGGCAGAGGCAUUGGCGGAUUUAGCGCAGCUUGCGAUAAUGCGAGAGCAGGUUUUCGAAUCCGCGGCGAGUUGGGGAAGUAAAGGGAAACGAGUGAGGAAGCGAGUCAAGACUGAGUCUCCUCCGUCUGACUCGCUUUUGAAAGCACCUGACUCUGAAACGUUACCUACUCCGGAUCUAGCUGAGGAACGAUUAGUGAAAGAAGAAGAAGAAGAAGAAGAAGAAGUUCAACCAAUAAUAACUAAAGAACUAACUAAAGCUCCGGUUAAAACUGAAAUGAAUGGUGAAACACCUAAACCAAAUCUUGCUUCGACUCUAAGGUGUACUAGUAGAUCAAAUGGCUGUGGCCGAUCGAGGCAGAAUUUAAGUGAGGCUGAAAGAGAAGAACGUAGAAUCCGUAGAAUUUUAGCUAACAGAGAAUCUGCCAGGCAGACAAUUCGGCGAAGACAGGCAAUGUGUGAGGAGUUGAGUAAAAAAGCAGCUGAUCUGACAUAUGAGAAUGAGAAUUUGAGGAGGGAAAAGGAUUGGGCUUUGAAAGAGUUUCAGUCUUUGGAGACGAUUAACAAGCAUUUAAAGGAACAGGUAUCGAAGUCAGUGAAACCCGAUACAAAAGAACCUGAAGAAUCGACCAAACCAUCACAAGUUGAUAUGUCUACUUCAUCUACUCCGUUUUACUUCUACAACCAGAAUCCAUAUCAGCUUUUCUGCUGGCCUCAUGUUACUCAAUCAUCAAAUCCAACGAUAUCGCCACUUGAAUUCGCCACAUCGGGAGGAGCUUCUGCUAAAACUAUGACAUCGCAGGAGCAUGAAAAUCCUGCAGAUGAUAAUGGGCAAAAAACUCAUUUUUACGUUGUACCUUGCCCUUGGUUUCUCCCUCCUCCUGAUCAGAGCAACGGUGUUCCCUUCGGGCUUCAAAGUACACAAAGAGGUACUUUUUCAAACGGGCACCAUAUCGAUGAUUCUUCUGCAAGACCGAUAGAGGUCACAGAAACUCCACGGUCCCAUCUACCAACUAGAAUCAAAGAAGAGGACUCUGGUUCACCCGAAACCAGACCUUUAUAUGAUCUCAACGAAUCUGCAACUGAAGUCCUCUCAGAAGGAGGAGAUGGUUUUCCUGUAACGCAACAAGAUUAUAAUUUUAAUCAUGAAGAUGUUUCUGAGACAACUAAUGGAGUUACACUGAUGCCGCCUGGUCACCAUGUUUUGAUUUCUCUACCGGGGAAAAAGCAAGGAUCUUUGGCUGCAGCGGAAGCGAGAAAGAGACGGAAAGAACUCACAAGGCUCAAGAACCUCCAUGGCCGUCAAUGUCGGAUGCAAGUCGGAUAACUCAUAUAUUCUUCAUCUUACCAGUUAAAACACUAAAGGUACUUCAUGAUCCCUUUCUUUUUGUCCGGGGCAUUUUCGCAUUGUUUCGGCUUUCUUACUGAAACACCAAAACAAGAGUCAUACUCAUCCACCAAACAAAAGUUGGAUUAUUGUUAUACUUAUCCAAGAUUAGUAUUCGGGAGUUUCUGUUUUGUUUUUUUACAAGGUAAUAGCAAAUGUUGUACCAUUGUAAGAUUUAGAGUUAUUUGGCACAGAGUUAAAAGUGCCAUUUUGUAAGAUCAUCCGGAAUCUGUUUGCUUCUCGCUUGAAGUUCCGUUCCGGGCUUGAUCAGUUCUAUAACAUAUUUCAGGGUUUGUUCCCUUUUUUGACCGCAGAAUCAAAAAGUUCUUCAAUU